AUGGGGGGCGUGAAAGGGGAGCGCAAGGCCGCCUCGCCUUCCCCCUCCGCCCGGGGUCGGCUUUGGGCAAAAUAUUUCAAGGGGAAGAAACUUCAUGGGGAGAUGGACAUUAAAGUGGAACAGGCCGAGUUCUCCGACCUCAAUUUGGUGGCCCAUGCCAAUGGCAACUUCUCUGUUGACAUGGAGGUUCUACGCAAUGGUGUCAAGGUGGUCAGGAGCCUGAAGCCGGACUUUGUGCUGAUCCGCCAGCAUGCCUUCAGCAUGGCCCGUGGUGGAGACCAUCGGGGCAUUGUGAUUGGGCUGCAGUACGCAGGUGUGCCCAGUGUCAACUCCCUGCAUUCAGUGUACAACUUUUGUGACAAGCCAUGGGUGUUUGCCCAGAUGGUUCGUCUGCAUCGCAAACUUGGACCGGAAGAAUUCCCACUCAUUGACCAAACCUUCUAUCCCAAUCACAAGGAGAUGUUUGAUGAUCGAAGGGGUUUAUGA